UUCAUGUUGACAUCCGCAGUCUCACGGCUAACUAAUGGCUGAGUUGGACAUUGGGAAACAUUGUCAGAUCGAUUCCUGCAAUCUGAAAGAUUUCCUUCCAUUUGUUUGUGAUUCCUGCAGUGGUGUUUUCUGCCUUGAGCACAGAAGCAGAGAGGCCCACUCAUGUCCAGAGGAAUCAGUAAAAAAGGAACCCAGGACUGCUGGUGGCAGUACAAGUUAUCCCUGCUCGUUUGAAGACUGCAAAGGAAAAGAGCUGUUGCCUGUCAUAUGUCCACAGUGUGAAAAACAUUUCUGUUUGGCCCAUCGUCAUCAAGAUGAUCACAAGUGUGAGAAGUUGGAGGUCCAAAAGCCUCGAAUGGCAGCCACUAAAGAGCUGGUGCAGAAGAUUGUGGAGUCAAAGGAUGGAUCCAAAAGUAAAGGACGUAGAGGAGCAAAGAACAGUGCAACUGCAGCUAAGGUAGCAUUAAUGAAACUGAAACUUCAUGCUGGCGGAGACAAGGGACUGCCGCAGACAGAGAGAACCUAUUUUCAGGUUUAUUUCCCUAAAGAAUCUAAAGACCCCAGCCAGCCCAUGUUCUUCUGUUCCAAAUGGAGUGUGGGAAAAGUGGUGGAUUAUGCAGCCUCUCUAGCUAGCCUCAAGAACAACAAUAAUGUCCUCACAGCUAAGAAGCUGCGGCUAUGCCAUCCUCAGACAGGUGAGGCUUUGCGGAUGGAUGACACCCUGCUCUCGCUGCUGGCUCACCCAGAAACUCCCCUGUACAAUGGGGGUAAUGUGAUCCUGGAGUACCUGGAUAAUGAGUGCACAGGCCUGGAGGAUGUUUCUGAGUAUAUCACACAGACCUGACAAACCAACACUAGCACCUUCUCAGAUGAUUUCUGUAUGCAGUUUAUAUUUGUCAAUAAAAUGUUCUUAUGAAAUA